AUGUCGUUCCCAGCUAUUUUUCGAUGGCUUGUAUCUGCCAUAACAGCACCACAUUCAAAAAUCCGGGGACUGUCUGCACUCCUUCAAUCGCCUGCAAGCAGCCCCAAGAAGGAUGACUACCAAAUUCAGCAGGAAAAUAUAAUAAAACUCCUCAAAGGAAGUUCAUAUACAAUCCCUCACCUUGAGGAAGUCCUUAAAGGAUGGUAUAUGGGAGUCAACCCGGCGUAUGACAAGAUAAAAGCUGAGGAGGGAGAAUUCUUGAAAAAAUGGAUCGAAAGACACAACUUGCGAGAGAUGGCAGUCAAGGUUGACUUGAGUUUAUGCAUUGCUUGCUUUUUCCCUCGAACAACGGAAGAAAAAUUGCAAGUUCUCUUCGAGAAGAUGGCAUGGUUCUUUGCCUUUGACGAUGAUGUGGACAGUUUUCUCACAUCAGAAGAAUUUGUGAAGCAGGAUCCCGCUGCUUUCGUGAAAUACUGGCUUGACCCGAGUCGUAGCGGCCCAGAGCCAUAUGUUCUCCCAAGCUGCAUCAUCUACCGUACCGUUGGUCCCAAGCUUGCUGUGGGGUGGUCAAACGAAUCCAAGUUCCAGUUUCAAAAGACGACAGUUGAAUAUAUCGACUGCUUAAUGGAAGUUAGCAAACAGCGAGAGAAAUACUUACCGUCACUGGAUGAAUACAUUGAAGGAAGGAUAAUCAAUAUCGGGGUCUAUCCAACACUUGACUUGAUACCGUAA